CCGGCGGUGCCCCAGGCGGGCCGGGGCCCGACUCCAGCCUUCUCCGCAAGGGCGCGGCCGCUGGUUGCUGCACCCCCCUUCGUUCCUGGGGUGGCUGAGGGCGGUGGCUCUGUUGCCUCUAAGGGCGGUGGGCUGGGUUCGGGGCGUUUCCUGCGGUGCUUCAGGCCUGGAGGAACCUCCGAGGCCGCUGCCCGGCCGGCUGCGCUUUCCCCGGGAGGCCGCGGGCGGGCGUCUCGCAUUCCUCAUAGGCCGGAGGCGGAGGGGCUUUCUUGGGCCGGCUGGAGCGGGCACGGAGACGCUGUUCAGAGCGCGGCCCUCGCCUUGUUAGGAAUUUAGCCUCUAUUGUUCGUAUCCGCAGUUAAACCCACCUUGAUGGGUAUGCGUGGUCUAACGCACAGCGGGUUUGGUUUUGGGCGCUGUUUUGAUGUACUCAGUCUGUCUCGGGAGGGGCCUUUGGCGUGGCGCUCGAGUCUCACCUGAUGCCUCCCAGGGAAAGAUGUCCAGGGCUGAAGGGAAUUCACUGGGCCGCUUCAGGGAAACAGUGUCCAGCUAUAUGUUUAAGGUUGUGUUCUGGAUGAAGCUCCUCUAGUUCUGGUGUUCGGUUGUAGAUUGGUGAUUGCCUUCUCCAAUUGAAGCACUUUAGUUAAGGUCUCCAGCGGGCCGAGUGAUCCAGACUUUUCAGGUGGGGUGAGGGUGAAGAACGGUGGUUUGUUGGGUCCUUUUGGUGUAUGCCAUUUCUCCGGAGAGCUGAGUGAGAUAUAAUCUGCUGUGAUUGUGACAUUUGUUUUCAAAUUCCCUGUGGCAGUUAUAGAUUUCACUUUCUAUGUGUUAAUUGUUGGUAGUCAUAACUCGGUGCUUACCUUUGGGAGUGAAAACAGGAGAAAAACUUAUAAGAGUACUGUAAACAGUGCUGGUUUGGAAACAAUGUUAAAUUUUAGAUUCAGGCAGUGUUUAGAGACACAGUGCUUAAGGAAAUACUUUUUGAACUGAGUUAUUUUCAUCAGUUAUUUUUUUUUCCUUUGUAAUUUGAACAGAUUUUGUAAAGAGUGUUUUGGUUGGAUAUAUGGCAGUAUAUGAAGAGAUCAGUUGAUAGCUUUUUAAUUUGAAAUAGUGGAGCUCUUCAACAUUCUGCCAUAUUAGGUGUAUGUUUGUACUUAAGUACUGGUGUGAUUUUUCUAAGUGGCUUCUGCCAGUUAACAUACAGUAAAUGUUCUGUUGCGGUUAAUACUUCCAUACUUCUUUUAGAAAUCUCGUAUCAGGUUUGGUUUUUUUUUUUUUUUUUUUUUAGUUCAUUCAUUACUCAAACUCUCAACAAAAUAGUUAUAAUGCUGUGUGCAGGAAGUCCUUUGUUCCCUAUAACUUUUUAAUUUACAGUUUCUUUUUACUAGUAGAAUUCAACUGUAUCAGUGUGCAUAUAUAUAUCUAUACAGACAAUAUUAUAUAUAUCGUGUAUAUAUGUUAGUUACUAUAGGUGACUGAGGUCAAGCAACUGAGGCCAAAGUGAUUUGAAGUGAAAUUACUUGGACUUGCUUGGUUUCCACUGUUACAAAGUGCAGUUGAAGUUUGAUCUUGGCUAGAUCUGCCAACUAGACACAGUAAUAGAGGUGUGAGAGCUUAGUUAAGAAGUCUCUAUCACCAGCCUGCUCACAGGAAGUUAUGGCAGUGAUGAUAGCAACAACUGGGAUUAUUAGUAUAGAAAUAUGUUACCUCAUAAAGCGUCUCUCAGAGAGCUACAAAAUAGCAACCGUUGGAAUGACAUAGUUAUGCUUAUUACAAUAUGGAAAGAUUCAAUAUCAGAGUAUGUGGCUUUGUUAACAGCUGUGUUUUAGAGAGUUUUACAAUUCAUAGUUGAAAAUUUUACACUAAAUUAAAAAAGACUGGAAAUCAAUUUUGCCAUUUUUCACUGCACAUUGUUCUUUCUGUAAUCACGUCUCAGUACCUCUUCAUUUUUUCUUACAUCCUACUCUAAAAAUUUCCUUGAGGGUUACAGCAGUUGAGAUUAAUUAAAGUUAAUUAUUUCUUUAAAUCAUCUUUUAGAUGGCUUGAGAACCAAUCAGUGAUUCUGUAUAUAAUUUACCGGUGUAUAUCACAGAUUGAUUGAAAUAACUAGUAUUUCUCUUGUUGUUUUACAAAAAUACACCAGAAACUGAAGAAAUCAGGUUUUAAAAAUCUGAGCACAGCUGGAUCCAGAGCGUCUUCUCACAAACAACCAAGUAAUGGGAUGAAUAAAACACAGAGGUGGCGAUCUGGUGACUGGCAAAAGAAUUUUGAUGUCACCUUUUUGUAGUCCUUCCCCAUAUAAACAAGGAGGCAAGAUUUUAAUUCUGAAUGAGCCCAUCUAUUUUUGGAUUUCUUCUGUGACAAAUGACUAGGGAUUUGUCCAGAGGAGUGAGCUCAAGCCUCACCUUCCACCAUGCAACAGUUAAGAGCACAUAUUGUAGAGACCAUCUUAAAACUGCAAAAUCCUAAAGGUAAACAUUACCAAAUGAGGAGAAAAGGAAGAUGCCAUCGAGUAUCGGCAGCAAGGCAUUCUUCUUCCCCAUGCAGUAUUAAGCACUCCCCGACACGAGAAACCUUGACAUAUGCUCAAGCUCAAAGGAUGGUUGAAAUAGAAAUUGAAGGUCGCCUGCACAGGAUCAGUAUAUUUGAUCCUUUAGAAAUUAUAUUAGAAGAUGAUCUUACUGCACAGGAAAUGAGUGAAUGCAACAGCAAUAAAGAAAAUAGUGAAAGACCACCAGUUUGUCUAAGAAGCAAACGCCAUAAAAAUAACAAAGUGAAAAAGAAAAAUGAGGCUCUUCCGAGCUCACAUGGUAUACCUGCUACAACAGCUCCUCUUCCAGAACCAAAAGUACGGAUUGUUGAAUACAGUCCUCCUUCAGCUCCUCGGAGACCUCCAGUUUAUUACAAAUUCAUUGAGAAGUCAGCAGAAGAACUUGAUAACGAAGUUGAGUAUGACAUGGAUGAAGAAGAUUAUGCGUGGUUAGAAUUGAUAAAUGAUAAGCGGAAAAGUGAUGGAGUGUCAGUUGUUUCACAAAAUAUGUUUGAAUUCCUUAUGGAUAGGUUUGAAAAAGAGUCUUAUUGUGAGAACCAAAAACAGGGUGAUCAUCAGUCUUUAAUUGAUGAAGAUGCAGUGUGUUGUAUAUGCAUGGAUGGUGAAUGUCAGAACAGCAAUGUGAUCCUGUUUUGUGAUAUGUGUAAUUUAGCAGUACAUCAGGAAUGCUAUGGGGUGCCAUAUAUACCUGAGGGCCAGUGGCUCUGCAGACACUGUUUGCAGUCCCGCUCUCGGCCUGUAGACUGUGUGCUGUGCCCAAACAAGGGAGGUGCCUUUAAAAAGACAGAUGAUGAUCGUUGGGGACACGUGGUGUGUGCUCUGUGGAUUCCAGAAGUUGGAUUUGCCAAUACGGUUUUUAUUGAGCCAAUUGAUGGUGUCAGGAACAUUCCCCCAGCCAGAUGGAAGUUAACAUGCUACCUCUGUAAACAGAAAGGUGUUGGUGCCUGCAUUCAGUGCCACAAAGCAAACUGCUAUACUGCAUUCCAUGUGACGUGUGCUCAAAAGGCUGGUCUAUAUAUGAAAAUGGAACCUGUGAAAGAACUAACUGGCAGUGGAACAACGUUCUCUGUGAAAAAAACUGCCUAUUGCGAUGUACAUACUCCACCAGGUUGCACACGGAGACCGCUCAAUAUUUAUGGAGAAGCUGAAAUCAAAAACGGUGUUUGUAGAAAGGAGGGAUCAGUCAGAACUGCUAGGUCUACAUCAAAAAUCAGAAAAAAGACAAAAAAAGCCAAGAAAACAGUGGUUGAACCCUGUACAGUUAUGCCAACAGUAUCUGCUCCUUAUAUCCCCCCCCAGAGAUUAAAUAAGAUUAUGAAUCAGGUGGCCAUUCAGCGAAAGAAGCAUUUUGUUGAACGAGUGCACAGUUACUGGUUGCUUAAAAGGCUGUCUAGGAAUGGUGUUCCACUCUUGAGAAGACUGCAAUCCAGUUUACAGUCACAAAGAAACACACAACAGAGAGAAGAUGAUGAAGAAAUGCAAGCAUUAAAAGAAAAAUUGAAGUACUGGCAAAGGCUGCGCCAUGAUCUUGAAAGAGCACGUUUAUUGAUAGAACUCAUACGUAAGCGUGAAAAAUUAAAAAGAGAACAGGUCAAGAUUGAGCAGGUUACUAUGGAACUUCAGCUUAUUCCAUUCACUGUUCUUCUGCGAUCGGUUCUGGAUCAGCUGCAGGAAAAGGAUUCUGCUCGUAUAUUUGCUCAGCCAGUGAACCUUAAAGAGGUUCCAGACUAUUUGGAUCAUAUUAAACAUCCUAUGGAUUUCUCUACCAUGCGAAAACGGUUAGAAGCUCAAGGCUAUAAAAACCUCACUGAGUUUGAAGAAGACUUCAAUCUGAUCAUAGAUAACUGUAUGAAAUACAAUGCAAAAGAUACAAUAUUUUAUAGAGCUGCAGUGCGGUUAAGAGAUCAAGGAGGUGUGGUUCUCAGGCAAGCCAGGCGAGAUGCUGAAGGAAUUGGUUAUAACAAUGAAACUGGAAUGCACUUACCAGAACGGCCUAAACUUGAGUCACCCCAGCCUUUCUCUUGGGAAGAUGUGGAUAGGUUACUGAAUCCUGCGAACAGAGCACAUAUGUCCUUGGAAGAACAGCUGAGAGAGCUGCUAGAAAAACUUGAUCUCACCUGUGCAAUGAAAUCCAGUGGGUCAAGGAGCAAAAGAGCAAAGCUGCUAAAGAAAGAAAUCAGCAUUAUUCGCAACAAACUCAGUCAACAACACAACCAAGCUCCUCAAAUAGAAUCAGGUAUUGGAAGUUUCGAAGAAGAAAGUGCAGCAUUAGAACAAGACGGAGAGGAAGAAGGAGAUAAAUCUCCCCCUAAACUUGAACCAUCAGAUGCAUUACCUCUUCCUUCAAACUUGGAGACUAAUUCAGAACCACCAACCCUCAAACCAGUAGAACUCAAUCCAGAGCAGAGUAAGCUUUACAAAAGAGUAAAAUUUGAUAAUGAAUUAUAUAGUACUUCCAUUCAGAAAGAAAUAAAUGGACACACUCCAGAACACUUACUUGACAGUAAUCUCAAUGAGUCGACUGUUUCUGCUGUAGCUGAGUCAUCAACUGAUGUAAACAGACGUACAUCCAUUCUCUUCUGCAAAUCGAAAAGUAUAAGCCCCCAAAAGUCUGCAAAGAACACUGAAACCCAGCCAACUUCUCCACAGCUAGGGACCAAAACCUUUUUGUCUGUAGUCCUUCCAAGGUUGGAGACACUUCUGCACCCAAGGAAAAGAUCAAGGAGUGCAUGUGGAGAUUCUGAGGUUGAUGAUGAGUCCCCUGUAAAGCGCUUGGAUACAGGUCUAUCAAAUGGGUUUGGAGAUGAAAGCAAAGAGAGAGCAUUAGAUGAUCCUCCAGGAAGGAAAGUUGAACCUCGUCGCCGCUGUGCAUCAGAAUCUAGUAUUUCGUCUAGUAACAGUCUCUUGUGUAACUCAAGUUUCAGUCUGCCGAAGUGUGGUAAAGGUAAACCUGCCCUGAUACGGAGACACACACUGGAAGAUCGAAGUGAACUGAUAUCAUGCAUUGAAAAUGGAAACUAUGCCAAAGCAGCAAGAAUUGCAGCUGAAGUUGGGCAUAGCAGUAUGUGGAUUUCAACUGAUGCUGCAACCUCUGUUCUUGAGCCUCUAAAAGUGGUGUGGGCCAAAUGCAGUGGAUAUCCCUCUUACCCAGCUCUGAUUAUUGACCCUAAGAUGCCUCGUGUUGCUGGCCAUCACAAUGGUGUUACUAUACCAGUGCCACCUCUAGAUGUACUGAAAAUCGGAGAACAAAUGCAGACCAAAUCAGAUGAGAAACUAUUCUUAGUACUAUUUUUUGACAAUAAAAGAAGUUGGCAGUGGCUUCCCAAAUCCAAAAUGGUUCCCCUUGGGAUAGAUGAGACCAUAGACAAGUUAAAAAUGAUGGAAGGACGUAACUCGAGCAUACGAAAAGCAGUAAGAAUUGCUUUUGAUCGUGCUAUGAAUCACCUGAGCCGAGUCCAUGGAGAACCAGUCAGUGACUUCAGUGAUAUUGACUAACAGAGAUUCUCUAGCAAGGCAUGAAAAAUACCACAGAGACUUGUACUCUACUAAUGAACCUCUUUGUCUAAAAGAAUGUAUUGAAGAUACGACCCCUUAAUUGUUGAUUCAGUGGCUGAGUUCUGCAAACUUGAAAUAGUUGAGCAAUUCUUCUAAAUCACCAUUGCCAUAUUGAUUAUUUUAUUGUGUUGUAGAUCGGAGGAUUUUCCACUAAACCUGUUAAAAUGUCUUGUUCAUAGUGUUCAUAAUUGUACAUAAAUGUAUAUUCAACACUUAACUUAUUCUGAUUUUAGAAGUAGCUCCUUAAUUCCUUUUAUAAUUUUGCUGGGGAGGGAAUUGGUUUUUGUUUUUUCCAUGCUUUUUACUUUUUUUUUUUUCUUUCUUUCUUUAUUUCUUUCUGAGCUUAAGUUACCUAAGCAUCAUCUUCCAGCUUAAGGUGUUUAGUGGAUCUUAAAGCCUAAUAUCAAAAUGGCAUCAAAUAUAUGUUUGCCUAAAUCAUAUACAGUAUGGUGCUGCUUGUAUCAUUUCUUCCUUGGUCUGUAGCUUCUGAAAAAGACUUCUGAAUGUUUGUGUAAAUUGUUGCUCUUUGCACAAAGUACCACAUAUUUAAGAUUGAUGUAAAUUUACAAUUACAAAUAUGUAUUUUAAGAAAGGAAGUUGCGUUAUUUUGGAGGGUACUUUGUGAGAAAGACAUCAAUAAAGAUUAUACUAUGUACAUCACUUGCAAAUCACCAAAAACACUCCAUUGUUGCCCAAAAUGAGUUAAGGUUGUUAUUGUUUUAAACCUGGCUUAAAGCCUGUAAGCACAUUAUUUCUUUCAAAACCAUAUCCCAUUUAUCUCCCAUUGGUUUAAUUUUGUUGAUAUGCGUGCCUCCCUGUGUUUUAUUUAUUGUAGAAAAUGUAUUAAUUUGCUUUAUAAUGAAAAAUAAAAUUGACAAAUAUAUUGAUAUGCAUUUUUAUACAGGCACAUGAGAAGACAACUUGCUUUGGGAGAAAAAUGUAUUGGAAAUUGUAUAAAAUAACUCGAUGGUUUGUGUGUAAUUUGGUUUUUUGGUAACUUGUAAUCUUUUGUUUCCAAUGAGGGGAUUUAUGUAACUUUUAAUUUAGAACACUUUGGUAGCAAUAGAAACUUUGGAUACAUUUUUGUAUGGUACAUGUGAUGUAUAUAGAAUUAGUACUUUAUUUUUAUUUUUAAGAAGUAAAGCAUUAUGUUUGGGCAGGGGGAAGAAGGAGGGUGGGUUUCCAGAACUGCAUUUUUAUAUUAAAAAGAAAAAAAAAUAAAGUCAAGAUAUUGAUUGUUGUAGCUACUUUAUUCCUACCUUCACUGAGAUACUGAAUUUGUAACAAUGAAAAUGGCAAGGUAUGUUUGCAAUGUGAUUUAUAAUGGCUCCAUUAUUUAUAAAUGCACUGUGUUUGAACUCUUUUGCAGUGAUAUCGUAAAUACUGUACCAAGUUAUAUAAUAUGAAACACCAAAUAAUGCAUAUGAGUGCACGAAGUAUUUAUGCCCAGCUUUUUUAUAAAGGAUUAGCAAAUACAGCAAAACCAAUACUUUUUAAAUCUUUUUUUUAAAACUUCAUUGAAUAGCAUACUUCAUUGUUAAACCUGCUUGAAUCUUUAUUUUAAAGGGACAAUUACUUUUUAAA